AUGGCUUCCCUUCUCGAGCGCAUGAAUAUUCCAACCAACUCUCUUGGCCCCGUUCGUUCUAAACAGUCCAACCGAGGAGCAUCGGCUCCGUACAAUCGCGCCAACCGUGCCCCCAGGGGAGACGUCGAUUCACAGUGGUCGCAUGAUCUUUUUGAAUCGCACAACUCACUUUCUGCGCGCCUAAAUGUGACCCCGACCGCACCGAAAGCGAAUCUGAAUCCCAUAGCUCAGAAAGCUAUCCGCGAUGCAACGACCGGAUCGCGCACGGAUUCUCUUUCUAUCAAAGGCGCUGGUUCUAUGGGUAAUGUGGUGGAGGUAACUGGUUUGGUGGGGGGUACGACGGCAGAAGACGUUGCGGCUAUCUUCAAGCGCUGUGGUCAAAUCACAGAUCAAAAGUCUAUGUCGAAUAACAGAAACGACCCGAGGAUCAGGAUAACAUUCAAAACUGCGGCCUCCGCAACCUCUGCGGUCCAGAAAUUUAACAAUCAGCCUGCCGAUGGUAAAAUUCUGUCGGUGAAGAUUGUGGGUGCGUCGGCUACUGGCACAUCGUUGGGCGGUCGACUGGGUGGAAGUGAUGGGUUGGAUAUUGUAAGAGACGAGGGUAGUGUGGAUGUUCUCAUGAAUACGGGCGAAGACACAGGCUCAAAAAUGCGUUCGGAUUCUUUACUGAACUCUGACCCCCGAGCGCAGGUUUUACUGGCACCUCCGGGCGCAGACCCUGCUGACUAUACACAGACCCCCGAGACACGAGGCGGCGGACGACGAGGUGGUCGUGGCCGCGGCGGUGCACGAAGUGGCCGGGGCCGCAAACGCGGCGGAAACAACGGGGGGCGCUGGCUGUUUCUCUUUGCUGUGCUGUAUGCAGCUGCUCUCCUCUUUGGAAUGGUCUUUUUCAUCAUCAUGUACUCCGACCUUGAAAGCGACUACAUAAACCCUAUUGAUUUCUGUAACAAACUCAACCAAUUUGUUAUCCCUGAAUAUGCUGCGCAUGCUUUCCUUGCUUUGCUCUUUCUCCUUACUGGCCAAUGGGCAUCUCUUUUGUGGAAUGUACCUUUGUUGGCGUACAACAUUAACAAAGUUGUUAACAAGGCGCACAUGUACGACGCGACCGAGAUCUUCCGCACCCUCCCUCAACAUCAAAAGGAGGCGUAUUUCAAGACCGCAUUUUACCUCCUAUCUUUCUUUUUCUACCUGUACAAGAUGAUUGUCUCUUUCAUUGCCGAAGGCGACGCUUGA